UGGAAUUAUAUAAUAUUUUUGACAAAAAGGUAAUUAUGAACAUCGGUGAAGAAGACUUUGAACUUAGCUAUGCUGACGAUAAAUCACGCAAAAACGAUUCAAAUAUACCCAUUAGAGCUGGUGGGUCAAAACAAGCAUCGAAUAGGAAAAGAGCCCGAAAUUUCGAAAAUUAUCAGAAAGAGGGUUCAAAUUUAAAAAGAGCUAAACAUAGUAAUGCUGAGCACGAUCAGGUUUUCCACAGAAAUGCUGAAGAAGUAAAAACUGAACAUCACCAACAACUUAUUAAAGAGUACAAUAAUAUGAAGAGGGUCUAUGAGGAAGAAAGAGUAAACCAACAAUCCCAUCUCUAUCUUAGAAGAAUGGCUCACGAUACUACCAAAAAGAUACCAGGAUUAUCCAAAUAUCCACUUUUGCAGUUCCUAGUAAAUGCCUCCAAAAUUAUGAUGCUCAAUGAAUUCGAGAUAAUUGCUUGGGCUCUUUGGCUAGAUGAUAUUCAACUUGUAGAUGAUGAGUUUACUGUUGAAGAAAAGACUCUUUUCACUGCCCUAUACGUCAAAGGUACCUUAAAUAACAGCAAGCACCUUAUGACUGUUCUUCAAGAGUUCCUUUCAUACAUUCAAAACUUCAUCAAUAAGUUUAACGCUUGGGUUGACAAAAACUCUGAUACAUUCCAACCUGAUCCAAUCGCUAUGAACUUCAAGUAUAUUGAGUUAAGCAGGCCCUAUAACCCCAGGAUGGAGCAAGAUUUCGUUGAAUACAAUCAUGUUGUGGACGAAAUUCUCCAAAUUUCACCACCGUACACCAACGAAUCAAAACACGCACCCAAAUAUUCGGCUCCUGAGAUAAAACCAGGAGGAGAGAUCCCUGGUAUUUUAAACUCAAGGCAAAUGCAGCCAAUCGGUAUUGACAAACUCCUGCUAAAGCCCGAGCCCAGCAGGAACGAGUUAAUGCCAAUGAGAGACUUCUCAGCAGGCUCUUUCAGCUACUACCCCAAUUACGCACAAGAUAGAAGCGGAAGUAUGGACUUAAAGAACAUUGGCAUCAACAAGAGUGCAGCUAAGGGAGGAAUAUCAGGCAUCAUCAACUCUCUUAAAGACCUCUAUGAUAUGGACGAGAAUGCUCCUCAGCAGCCGUCCAUGAGUGCCCUAGAUUCUUUGUUCCAAAACAUCAAGAGUAACAACAACUCGAGAAUACUUCAUCAGGAUCUCUCUAAGAACAAAUCAAACGUAGAACUCAAGAACCAGACAUAUAACUUCAUUCAAGAGCGUCUAAGUAACAAGCCUGGAGGGCUUGUGAAGAUAAAUUUGAAUGAACUUCCAAGGGAAAACGAUGAUUAUCAGGUAUUUGAUCAGGAGCCUAGCUUUGAAAGAUCUGGAGCUAAUAUUAUCAAAUCCAGCUCAAUGAUUCCUCUGUUUGAAGGAAGCUCUAACAAGCCCAUGAAGAAAGAUUAAAUUUAUUAAUAUUAAUUUCAGUGCCAAUUAUAG